AUGUGGUACCAGAAUGUUGAAAAUAUUAGUAGAGGGAAAGGAAGUGUCUUAGGGAUAAUGACAACCUCUUCAUCACCCACCAUAUCCUCCUUUGCAUCAGUUCCCCCAAUCUUCACCCAGACUGCUGGUACACUUCUGCACACCCCUUCCACUUUCAGCCCAGUGGCCCCUGUAAAUCUGCAACAGCCCACUCAUUUGCUUGCUGCAAUUGCCCUUAGUGAGCUUGCUGCUACAGCAAUGAAAAGGGUGGCUUGUGUUGAUGUUGGUGUUCAAACAGAGGAAAAUCCCAUCAAACGCUCAAGACGAAAAUCAGCUACAAGUGACUGGCAUAUAGAUGAUGGCAAUAUUACUCUUUUACAAAAUCAGAGCAAGCGAAAAAGAACAGCAGAAACUCAGACAAGGCUCACUCACAGAGACAGCAAACGACUCAAUAACAGCUCACAGCUGCAGCUGCCACCCAGUAUCUCAAGUACAAUUGGUACAGGGAAAGGAAAUGGUCAUAGUGAUAACGACACCACUUUCCUUGAAGUGGGUUCGGAUGUUUGCAAUGAUGAAGAUGAAAGUUCUUUGGGAAGUUUAGCACUACAGGUGGACUUGCCAGAAUUCAUCACAACUCAGCAAAGCACAUCAGGUACACAGACAAGUCCUCGUGCCCCUGGACUAACACACUCCCACCUCAGUAAUCUAACCAUAUCCCUUUUUGAUCGGGCUUGUGGGGAUGAUGAACCAGGCAUCCCACCACCAUCUAUGACCUCUAUCACUGCUACACAGACAAAUGAACAUUUUGAUCCCUUUGCAACAACACAGCUGCUUAUUGAUGCUGAUGAAGACUUACUUGGAGUUGUUGGUGAUACAGCCAGUAUAACAAAUCAGAGAGCUCCAUCUUUAGGGCACAUUCGCUCAUCAAGCAUAGAAACUCAAACUGACCAUGAUGUACUUCUAAGUGGAAAUGCUGGGGCCCCUGAUGAUUCGGAUGAAAUAAUCUUAACCACCACAGAAACUCAGACGGAUCCAAACAGUCUUUUGAUUUUGAGUGGAGGUACUGCUUGCCAAGGCCCAGGAUCAUGCCAGGUGCCUGGAGCAUGUCAAGGGCAUGAUAGUGAUAGCCUGUGGUGCACAAGUGAAACUCAGACAUAUGAAGAUUUUUCAGAUAUUGAACAGUUCAUGCGCUCAACCAUACACACACAGACCCCAGAUCACAGCCACAAUGAACUCUUCCCGGAAUUGUCAUUCACUCACACGCAAACUCAGACAAGUCUUGAUGAUCCUCCAGCACUUGUCACUACACACACUCAGACACCAAAGAGAAGGCAGCUACAUUCUGGUAUACCUGGUAGCUAGCUUAUUUUUAUUGUGUUAUUGUCAUUCAUCUUCAUAUAAUUAUUAUCAAUCAGUUGGUCAAUAAAUAGUGACAAUGAU